CUGAAAUGAAUGUGAGGUUUGCAAGGAUGAUUAAAAUACAGCACCCAUGUCCAGCUAAUGUUCAAUGUUGCUAGAAAAUAAGUCAGCUGAGAACAACACUGGUUGUGCCAGCUGUUGAUUUCAUACUUCUUGCCCGUGGUGUCUACCUUGCAAAAUUAAAGCAAUAGACUGGAUUCACUCAGGUAAAAAUUAAUUUGUAAACGAAGCAAAAAUUCUUAUGCAGUGCCGAGGUUCUAGGUUCCAUUCCAGCCAGGGUACUAUAUUGCAUGACGUUUAUAUGUUCUCCCCUUCCUUGUGUUAUUUUCCACAAGGUUCUCCGCUUUCCUCCAACACCCAAGUCUCAUACAUCAAAAUAGAUUAAACCAGCAAACCUGACAUUAGUAUAAAUGCAUUCAAGCAAGCGGCGAAAAAAAAUAGUUUUCAAGCAACUCUCCAAAAAUAUUGUAAACUGCAUUAGACAUUUUUCUGUUGUUGAUUCAUGAAACAAUGUAGAAGUCAGCUGAUUAACAAACCUGGAGGAGAACAGACUUCUGCUACAGCCAGAAAUUGGAACUCAAGCUGAAUGAAAUGCUUCUUUGCAAUAAACAAGGUACCUAGUGGCCAACUAUUUAAAGACAUCUUGCAGUAAAGAUGACAGUGGAAGAAAAGCUUACAACUGAAGAACUGGAAUGUAAAAUAUGCUAUCAGAAGUUUAAUACUAAUAGUCGCAAACCCAAAAUCUUAGAUUGCCUUCACCGUGUAUGUGCUAGAUGUUUAACAAAAAUACUUAAUAUAGGAGGGGGGUCCCCAUGCAUUUGCUGUCCAUUCUGCCGCAAUGAGACUGAACUGCACGAAGAUGAAGUUGAAGGAUUGCCGGAUGAUGCCAAUAUUAUCUGUAAACUCAGUGAAAAAAGCAAGGCAUCUUGUAGUUCAGAAUGCAAUGAGGUGGUUUUAACACCUAAAAAUCUUGCUUCAUCGAGCCCAUCUCGUGGAUCUUCAAACUGCUUAGUGAUAACAAUAAUGGAAGUACAAAGAGACUCUACUCGAUCACCGAGUCAAAACACCAUCUCUGACUACUAUGUCGAACAGAGUACUGAAUCUGCUUCUGUAAGCUCACAGGGCCAAAUAGAUCAUGACCUUUUCUCCAAACUCUGCAACCACGUACCAAGAAUACUAGUCUGGCUUCUUGGAGUUUUCUAUUUUGGCUCCCUUCCUCUUGGAAUUUAUCUGCUGGUAAUUCAGAAAGUCACUCUUGGGAUAGUAUGUGUUAGCCUUGUACCUUCUAGUCUAACUGUAUGCCUUGUAUAUGGCUUCUGCCAGUGCCUUUGCCAAGGAAUGUGCGAUGGUUCAUCGAGAAGUUGACUAAUGUCAUACUGCAUAAAUGACUGUCCAAGUGAUACAUAUUGUUGUUAACUACAGCCUAUAUUAGGAGAUAUUUUGAAGUCAUGAACUAGUGAAAACAUGUAAAGUCGGCUAGGCACUCAUCGCAAAUAUUAUAAUGUUAUAUGUUUGAUUUACAUGUGCUAACUUUGCAGUUUUAAAAUACACUGUAAGUAGAUUUUUGUGUAAUAUAAUUAUUAGUUGCAUAACUUGUUUAAGGCUCACACGUGAGAGUGUCGGGUGAUUUAACAUGUGGUACCUUGUUUAAUGAUCAAAAAUACCCCCGCACAACUUCUCAUCUGCUGCUCUACAAACACACGCUAAGUAAUUACAAUGUCAUGCUUUUAUAAAGGAGAAUGAAAUCCA